AUGGCUUCCAAAAGAAAACCAAGUGAAUCAGUCUCUGAUAAAUCAAGUAAAGUAGCUAAAGUACAAACACCAUUAGAAGAACUUUUUGAACAAGUUAUUUCACAUAAAUAUUAUGUGUUACCUUCUGUAGAUGUACAGAAACAGAAUGAAAAUAUGGAAAUUGUAGAGGAGGAAGAUAAAAAUAAAAAUGAAGAAGAAAAAGAAAUAAAUGAUAAAGAUGGCGAUAAUGAAGAAACUGAAAAUGAUAAAGAAGAUGAGGAGGAAGGUGAAAAAGAAAGUGAGGAAGGAGAUGAAGAGGAAGGAGAUGAAAAUGAAAGUGAUGAAGGAGAUGAUAUUGAAAAGUGA